AUGCCCCUCAUCCUCGACGACACGGGCCCCUCCACCACCGCCCCCACCCCACCCUCCGGCACCGACCCCACGGCCCGCGGCCCCUACCACGACGAGCAGCACCGGCGGCGCCUCGUCCACCACGACGCGGACGUCGUCAUCAUCGGGGCGGGCGUGUUCGGCACCGCCGCGGCCGUGGCGCUCGCGCGGCAAGGGCGGUCGGUGAUCCUGCUCGAGCGCUCGCUGCGGGAGCCGGACCGGAUCGUGGGGGAACUGCUGCAGCCGGGCGGGGUGGGGGCGCUGCGGGCGCUGGGGUUGGGGGAUUGUCUGGAGGGGAUCGACGCCGUGCCGUGUUUUGGGUAUGAUGUCGUGUAUUAUGGGACGGGGGUGGGGAUUCCGUAUCCGAAGGAGGAAGGGGCUGGUGGGGGGAAUGGCGGGAAGAGGCCGCAGGGGAAGGGGUUUCAUCAUGGGAGGUUCAUUUCGAGGUUGAGGGAGGCGGCGGGGAGGGAGCGGAACGUGACGGUGGUGGAGACGGAGGCGAAGGAUUUGGUGAGGAAUGGGUGGACGGGGCAGGUGUUGGGGGUGGAGUGCUCGACGAAGGGGGAGAAGGAUUAUUACUUCGGCCACAUCACGCUCGUCGCCGACGGCUACGCGUCCAAGUUCCGCAAGUCGAACCACCCGCACCGGCCCGAGGUGCGCAGCAAGUUCUUCGCGCUCGAGCUGAUCGAUGCCGAGCUGCCCAUGCCCGGCCACGGGCACGUCAUCCUCACCGAGGGCCCGCCCGUGCUGCUCUACCAGAUCGGCACGCACGAGACGCGCGCCCUGAUCGACAUCCCGGACAAGCUGCCCUCGGCCUCGGUCGCCGCCGGCGGCGUCAAGAACCACCUGGAGAACGUGGUGCUGCCCAGCCUGCCCAAGUGCGUGCAGCCGAGCUUCGAGGCCGCCAUGCGCGCCGGCAAGCUGCGCUCCAUGCCCAACUCGUUCCUGCCGCCCGCGACCAACCGCACCCCGGGCCUGGUCAUCGCCGGCGACGCCCUGAACAUGCGCCACCCGCUGACGGGCGGCGGCAUGACGGUCGCCUUCAACGACGUCGUCUUGCUGGCCGAGCUGCUGCAUCCCGACAGCGUGCCCAGCCUGGCCGACCACCACCUCGUGCUCAGGCAGAUGAAGGCCUUUCAUUGGCGCCGCAAGAACUGGGCCGCCGUCAUCAACAUCCUCGCGCUGGCGCUGUACGCGCUGUUCGCCGCCGACGACCCCAACCUCAAGACGCUCCAGCUCGGCUGCUUCCGCUACUUCCAGCGCGGCGGCAACUGCAUCGACGGGCCCGUCGGCUUGCUCGCCGGCAUCAUCCGCCAGCCGCUCAUCCUCUUCUACCACUUCUUCUCCGUCGCCAUGUACGCCAUCUGGAUCCGCGUGUCGGAGGCGCCGCUGCUGAUGAAGCCGUGGGCGCUCGUCAGCAGCGUCGCCGUCUUCUGGACCGCCUGCAGGGUCAUCUUCCCGUACAUUUGGUGCGAGUUGAGGCCGUGA